AGAUAUAGACACAAUGCCUCCGCGGUUGCCCUGGCGGCUGCCGUCACACCUAUCUCCAUCACUAGGGGCCCUAUCCUCGCAGCCACAGCUCCUCUCCUCGGCCCCAUCACCUCUCCUCCGCAGCCUUCCUUCUCUUUUCCCAUGCCAGUCGUUAAGCCAGCAGUCGAGCCAGAACCGCUACGCAUCGAUCCUGUCGACGCUGUCCGAUGUUCCAAACGCAUACAAUAAGCGCAUUAGACGAGGGCGCGGUCCCGCUUCCGGCAAGGGUAAGACCUCUGGUCGAGGUCACAAGGGUCAAAAGCAGCAUGGCAAAGUACCCGCAGGCUUCAACGGUGGACAGACCAAGGAUAUCGUCGUUCACGGAGAGAGAGGAUUUGACAAUAUCUUUACCGCGGACAUCUCCAAGGUCAAUCUUGACCGCAUCCAGGACUGGAUCAACCAGGGCCGCAUCGAUCCCUCGCAGCCCAUCACCAUCAGAGAACUCGUGAAAACCCGCUGCAUCCACGGCAUCAAAGACGGCGUCAAGCUGCUCGGCCGCGGAGGCUCCACCGCCCUCAAACAACCCAUCAACAUCAUCGUCUCCCGCGCCUCCGCCUCCGCCAUUGCCGCCGUUGAAGCUGCCGGCGGAACGAUAGUGACACGCUACUACACGCGACAUGCCAUCAAGCGGAUCCUCAACGGCAGGACGGAUCCGUACGUCUCGCUGGCGUGGGCGAAUGCCCAGAUUCACGCUGAAGCUGAGGGGGACGGUGCUGAGGCGAAGACGAAGGAGUUGAGUAUUGGUAUGGGAUUCGAUAAGCCCAGGGCAAAGGGCGAAGGGUUCCAAUACCGGCUACCGGAUCCCACGAAUCGUAAGGAUAUCGAGUACUACAGAGAUCCCGCGCAUAGGGGCUAUUUGAGUUAUCUAGUAGGAGACGGAGAGGGACCGAGUUUGUACUUUACGCCGCCGGGAGAGGAGGGGAAGAAGACGAAGAAGGUCGGCAAGAAGGCGUCGGAGAAUCGGGUGUGGUAG